CCGACUGCAGUGACGCAAAAUGUGUGCGCCUGCCUUCACGCUCCUCGAAGGGAUUUUUAUUAGCUACAUGGUUAUUACAAAUUACUAAGGCGUAACAAUGGUGAUGAAGUCUUCAGUUGAGGAUAAUGAUACCGGCUGGGGCCUGGGCAUCCCAGAAAAGAUGAAGAAUAAUGCCAACUGGGUUGAUAUCACACAUGAAUUCAAAGGUUCCUGCAAAGAGUUGAACCUGGGGGAGUUGCUUCAUGACAAACUGUUUGGUCUUUUUGAGGCCAUGUCAGCCAUCGAGAUGAUGGAUCCCAAGAUGGAUGCGGGAAUGAUCGGAAAUCAAGUGAACAGAAAAGUGCUCAAUUUUGAGCAAGCUAUAAAGGUAGGCGCCAUCAAGGUGAAAGACCUCAGUCUUCCUGAACUCAUCGGGAUCAUAGACACAUGUUUCUGCUGUUUGAUAACGUGGCUGGAGGGUCAUUCCUUGGCCCAGACUGUCUUCACCUGUCUGUACGUCCACAACCCCGACCUGAUCGAGGAGCCGGCCCUCAAGGCCUUCGCGCUGGGCAUGCUGAAGGUGUGCGACAUCGCCCGAGAGAAAGUCAACAAGGCAGCUGUGUUUGAAGAGGAGGAUUUCCAGGCCAUGACUUACGGCUUCAAGAUGGCCAACAAUGUCACAGAUCUGCGAGUCACAGGCAUGCUGAAAGAUGUGGAGGAUGAGUUGCAAAAGAAAGUAAAGAGCACUCGCAGUCGACAGGGUGAGCAGAGGAACCCCGAGGUGGAGCUGGAGCAUCAGCAGUGCCUGGCACUUUUCAACAGAAUCAAGUUCACACGCCUUCUACUGACCGCACUGAUCGCCUUUACCAAGAAAGAGACCAGCUCAGUGGGUGAAGCCCAGAAACUUGUGGCUCAGGCAGCUGACCUCUUAUCUGCCAUUCAUUCCAGUAUUCAGCAUGGCAUCCAGUCACAAAACGACACCACCAAAGGAGAUCACCCCAUCAUGAUGGGCUUUGAGCCACUGGUCAAUCAGAGACUGCUGCCGCCGACAUUUCCUCGUUACGCCAAGAUCAUCAAGAGGGAGGACAUGGUGGCGUAUUUCAGCAAGCUCAUUGAGCGCAUCAAGACCGUGUGUGACGUCAUUAAUACGACGAACCUCCACGGCAUACUGGAUUUCUUUUGUGAAUUCAGUGAGCAGUCUCCCUGCGUGCUCUCCAGAUCGCUUCUCCAGACAACAUUCCUAAUAGAUAAUAAGAAAGUGUUUGGCACUCACCUGAUGCAGGACAUGAUUAAAGACGCUUUACGAUACUUCGUCAGCCCGCCGGUCCUCUCUUACAAAUGUUGUCUGUUCAACAAUCAUCAGGCCAAGGACUACAUUGACUCCUUUGUUACACACUGCUCCAGGCCGUUCUGCAGCCUCAUCCAGAUCCACGGACACAACCGAGCUCGUCAGAGAGACAAGCUGGGCCACAUUCUUGAAGAGUUUGCUACUCUACAGGACGAGGCAGAAAAGGUGGAUGCGGCCCUCCACAGUCUACUGAUGAAACUGGAGCCUCAGCGGCAGCAUCUGGCUUGCCUCGGCACCUGGAUCCUCUACCAUAACCUGAGGAUCAUGAUCCAGUACCUGCUCAGCGGCUUCGAGCUGGAGCUCUACAGCAUGCACGAGUACUAUUACAUCUACUGGUACCUGUCGGAGUUCCUGUACGCGUGGCUCAUGUCCACGCUAAGCAGAGCAGACUCUUCACAGAUGGCCGAGGAGCGCAUUCUGGAGGAGCAGCUGAAAGGUCGCAGCAGCAAAAAGACCAAAAAGAAGAAGAAAGUUCGGCCUCUAAGCAAGGAGAUCACCAUGAGUCAAGCCUACCAGAACAUGUGUGCUGGCAUGUAUAAGACAAUGGUGGCUUUGGACAUGGAUGGGAAGGUGCGGAAGCCGCAGUUCGAACUGGACAGCGAGCAGGUUCGCUACGAGCACCGCUUCGCCCCCUUCAACAGCGUGGUCACCCCUCCUCCCGUGCACUACAUCCAGUUCAAGGAGAUGUCUGAUCUGAAGAAGUACAAUCCCCCGCCAGGCUCCGCUGAUCUCUACCUGGCAGCCAGCAAACACUUUCAACAGGCCAAGCUCAUCCUAGAAAAUGUACCCAGCCCCGAUCCCGAGGUGAACCGUAUACUGAAGGUGGCCAAACCCAACAUUGUAGUAAUGAAGCUUCUGGCCGGAGGGCACAAGAAGGAAACCAAGGUGCUCCCAGAGUUCGACUUCUCAGCUCACAAAUACUUCCCCGUGGUCAAGAUUAUUUGAUUUCACCCACCACCACCUUCAGCUGAAGCAGAGUGCAAUGACCCCGUCCCGGACUGAAUCCCAGCUAUGUUGUAUACAAAACACACGCCAUGUAACGGAGUGUUUGAAACACCUGCAUCUUUUUUAUUUCACCUUAUUGAGAAAUCCAACACCAACAAACUGACCAGACAAAAAACAACUGGACCUAAUUGUGUAAUAGUCACAUCACCCCUGUAAUUUUGUGUGCGUAUGUGUGUGUGGUGUGUCAGAGACAAGAGAAGGUGUUUUCAUGAACAACAUAUGGAAGUAGUCCCGGGAAGGCUUGAAAAGAAUACUGCAUUGAUACUGGGUGUGCAUAUCAAUAAAUUAUAAAAUAAAA